AAAACCCCACUCGCCAAAAUGUGAGUUUUUAGUCUUUUUUGCGCCAUUUAUCAGUUUUACUCAUGUAUCCCGACUUCACAGCGAGACGCCAUAGAGCACUACGUCGCAGAAGAACAGUGAGAAAAGUAUUAUUUUUGUACUUCAGUAAGAAUCAUGGGAACCCGGCAAGGUACUGCAAUCUGAACAGAUCUGUGCCUAUCCUGCAGCUGUAUUUCAGCGGUGCAGACCUCAGCACUGAGCUCCGACUUUCCCGGGAGACCAUCACAUCACUUACCGCUGCAUUAGGAGAUGAGAGUGACCGUGGGUGGAGCAGGGACAUUGAAGUGUUGGUGUUCCUCUACUGGCUGGCACAUGCAGCAUCCUAUCGUGUCGUCUCACAAGCCUUUGCUUUCCCCAAAUCGUCUGUGCACAACAUUGUGCACAGAAUGAGUGGGGCUGUCAAAGAGCUCAUCAGGAGCAUCAUUACCCUACCAACUGGGGACGAACUAGAAAGGGUAGGAGCAGGAUUUGCACACUUGGCCGGAUCUUCAUGUUUUAGAGGGGCAGUUGGUGCUAUUGACAGGUGCCACAUCAGAAUAAAACCCCCAUCCACUAAUGCACAGUCCUACCUGAACCGGAAGCAGUUUCACUCCAUACAGCUACAAGCCAUCUGUGACCACCAGGGGAAGUUUAUAGACAUUUUUGUUGGGUAUCCUGGGUCGGUGCAUGAGGCAAGGGUACUGGAGAAUAGCCCUCUAUACAAAGAGGGCUUAUACCCACCUGCAGGACGGUACAUCCUUGGAGAUGGAAGUUAUCCCUGCAUCAGUACACCGAUCCGGCUCCUGACCCCGUAUCGAGAGCCUGUGCAGAACCCUGUACAGGCUCUUUUUAACAGCAAGUUGUCUCAGUCCAGGAUUGUGGUCAAAAGAGCCUUUGGGAUGUUAAAGACACGAUGGCGCUCCAUUUUCUUUAAAACCCUUGAGGUGAGGCCUGUCUUCGCCCCGGAGGUUGUGGCAUGCUGUGCGGUGCUCCACAAUUUCUGCAUCGCUCAAGGUGACAUAACUGAACCAGAGAUCUCAGAGGAGGAUGUUGACCUACCCGAGCCUGUAAGCAAUGAAAUAAGAUCAGGUGAAGAUGCACGGGAGAAUCUGGCUGCAGCUGUCUCAGCACCACAGCACAGCAUACCAGCUCAUGAGCAUGACUACAUUUAGAGACAUGCUUUGUACAUAGGUUCGUGUUUAUUUAUUUUUUGUUAUUAUUGUUUUGGACUAAAUGCUGAUUGGCAAGGAUUAAGAUUAUCUGGCCAUAAAGGCAUUUGUUAGUCGUUCUGUUAAAAAGUAGCUGUAUAUGUAUUAAGGUUCAAUAACAGUUGGUUGAUUAUUGAUGCAUUUGUCAACUAUUUAAACAUCUCACCUCAUUCAUAUUGCCAUGGUGCCACCAAUUACAUAAAAUUACAAAUCCUCGGACUUAGUGGCCUUUUGGAAAACCAAAAUAUGGUCACCUUUUGUCGAUGUCAAUGCUGGUACACCCAACAAAGCCUAUUUUUAUUCAUAUUUUCUCAUUAUUAUCUUACACAGUGGAAACAAAAGUAAUUAUGAUUUUAUGCUAGGUAGCCUAGAUCGAAACAUGCAAGUUGAUGCAUAGCACUAUUUCUUACAAUUUCAAGAACACAUUUAUUAUAUGGCCAAAACUAUGCAGACAACUGACUAUGAAUUGUCCACAUUAUUUUGCCAUAUAUUGAAUAUAUCUCUUUUUGCAGGUGUGUGUUUACUUAACUGUAACAACGUCAGUCAAAGUAUUUUAGCUAAACAUUCAUUCAUUCAUCUGUUUUACCACUGCUUUAUCCUGGUCAGGGUCACGGUAAAUCUGAUUUAUUUGGGGCGAAAGACAGAAAACACCCAAGACGGGUCACCACUCCAUCACAGGGCAGACACACUCACACUUAGGGCAUUUUUUAGUAGCUCCAGUUGGCCUGACUGCAUUUCUUUGGACUUGUGGCCAAAAAUGUAAGCCUUGGUACACACCUGGCUUACCACAACUAGGGUCCCGGUACCUUAUUGUAAUUAUAAUACCUCUAUGUUACAGGUUGUAGCCCACUAUGCCACCCUCUAUUAAAGGGUUAAGCAAAAAGUUCUCCCACACAGGCUUAAUACCAAAUAAAGGAACAGAGAAUUCCAAACUGUUGUACAACUGUUUAUUAAUUUCUCAAAGAUAAAAAAAAGAAAAACUAUUACACAGUCUUUUUAAUACAAAGUUCAAUAAAACAAAGUAAAAUGGGUCAUCUCCCUGACACAGGGAGAACAUGCUAACUCCACAAAAAAGGACUAUGGCUGCCCAGCCAAAGAAUAAAACCCAAACCCUUCUUACUGUGAGGUGAUGGCACUAGCCACUGUGCUGUAUAGCUAAAAUUGAAUACAAGAAGCAUUUUAAAAAAAUUUUCAGCUUGUGCACACAGUUGUUAGUGCACUGUGCUCAACAGCAAAACUGCCAUCUGUGUAGACUGUGUACUUGCACAUAGAGUAACAUUUCUCCUCGAAUAGCCUAAUGUCUAAUGCCAAACCCUUAAAGGUUUAAAUCGUACCAUCGCACAGUGUGAUGCAGCUUAAAAAGGAUCAUUUAGCUCGAAAUGACAUCACACCUCCAGCCCUUUUAUUAUACAGUGCAGAUACCUGUGGUUUCUGUAUUUAGCUACUGUUUAGAGCUUUUCUCUCUCCAUGCGUCAGCACUUCUGUCCCUCACCCACAGUGCUAACAUGCUGCUAAAAACUUCUAAACCUCGUUGCUGAGGGAAGUGGAUACAGAGCAGAUGGUACUCGGGUACAGGCUAAGCAUGAUUUCUCAUAUCUCAUUAAACACUACAAUCUUGGCUAAGAAUGCACUUUUCAGACUGAGAGAUUUAACCCUUUUCUUUGAGCAGUCCAGUGUUUCUUUAGCAUUGCAUUUCAAGACCAUUUUUCUACAUCUAGCAACAAUGGCAUUAUAAAGAUAAGUGUUAAAGAAGAGAAGAUGAUGGAUGUUUGCCUAAACAUGGGAACCAUGUCUUACUUGGACAACUAUUGUACUAAAUACUAGGGUAUAGUUACACACCAUGUAGCAUAUAUGAUACAGUUUGGGAUGCAGAGAGCAAAUUGCUUUUGUUGUGUUAACAAAGUCUGUAUGUUGU